GUGGGGGGAGUGGCAAAUGAAACUAAUGAAGGCCUCUCUUAUUCUCAUGUAGAUGAGGAAUAUUCAGAAACGGAUGAAUCGGAGCAUACGCUAGCCACAACAGCAAGGACAUUUCUCCAGAUCCAAGAGGAUGGAUUGGGUCUAAUCGUAAUCCAAAAUGGGCCUUACCUCCAAAUAGCAUGUCUGGUGGAAAAUGGUGCGGCUGCUAGAGAUGGAAAACUGCAGUCAGGUGUACAGAGAUUUUGUGAAGUUGCCCAAGAGAUGGGAAGCCGCUGUCAACAAUAUUCCUGAAAGGAAGGGGCCAGAGACAGAGGAGGUAUCAAGCUGUCCCAGCGAAGACACCUGGUCAAGCAGCGAAGGCUCCCACGAGGACAGUGACAUCGAGGACGGAGGCCACGCUGUUCGUUUUGAUGAGGACGACAUUUCCCCUCCAAAAUGGAUCCCUGAAGACCUGCAUGACUAUGAAAGGAAGAUGCAUACCUUGACUGUGGGUUCAGACAUUGGUUGUGACAUCAUGAUUCAUCUAGAUUUUGAUGCUGACUUACCAACAAUUAGAGAAACUGAAUGAACCCAUUACAUGUUCUCGUCUCACCUGCCAGGAGUUUUCCAUCUCUUGCAGCUGCACUUUUUUCCACCGGACCUACUAUCGGGAGGUAGGGCUCAUUUCGGAUGACAAUUAGACCCAAUCCAUCCUCUUGCAUCUGGAUAUUCGUCUUCACUGUUGUGGCUAGCGUAUGCUCCGAUUCACCCAUUUCUGAAUAUUAUGAAUAAACUGUUU